AUGGUACCUCCCGGCGUCCGGCGAGUGCCCGGGCCCAGGGGCCCCCUUCUCUCUGCCCCCGCGCACGCCGCCGCGCUCCGCCCCGCCACAGAGUCCCCGCCGGGCGAGAGCGGCUCCACAUCCGGGUACUGGCGCACCCAAGGCCAGAGCAGCACGUCCUUUGAGGGAUUAGGAAAGGGACCCUCAGUAACACUGCGGUGUACGGCUUUGACAAAGUCACGCAACUAG